GGCGCGGCGGGAGCGGCGAACCGGCGGAACGGGGCAGAGCGGAACAGAGCGGCGGCGCCGGAGAGGAGGAGGAACAAAUAAACAAUCAUAAUAAUAAUUCAUAAUAAUCGUAAUCGUAACGAUCAUAAGAAUUUUUUUAUAAAACAAAAAAAAAAAAAAAGAGAGAGCGAGGAGGAGGAGGAAAAAAAAAAGCCAACAGCCCCCCCACACCCCCGAGCCCAAAAGAGGGAGCGAGAGAGAGCAAGAGCGCAGCGGCCGGGCGGAGCGGCGGAGAGGAAGAAUUAAAGCGAGCGAAGGAGGGAGGAGAGACAGAGCAGAGAGAGAGGAGGAAAGAGGAGGAGGAGGAAAAAAAAAGCCCACAAAAACAAAGCGAUCGCAGUUGAUGUUGCUGCUGCAAGCUGGACUUCCAAAAACUACGGCGAGACCGACCGCUCUCCGCGCCGAGAAGAGUCUCCUCUGCUGUGCGUGUUUUUUUCCGCUGUGUGUGUAAUCUUUAACCUUUUAUUCAUUCUUAUUUUGAUGGCUUUCCUGAAUGGCUGACUGCGAGCUUCCCUGGACCUGGCCCCCAGACACCCGCCUCUCCUCCUUCAACUACUCUGCUGCAGAUCAGCUCUAAGAGAGAGAGAGGGAGAUCUUUGAAGAGAUUUUUUUUUUUUUUCUCUCUCUCUCUCUCUCUCUCUCUCUCUCCCCCUCUCUCCCCCACCCCCACCACCCCUUUACUUUGCUCUCCUGGAGCCCAGACAAUCGACUCGCACCUCGCCCCCCCGCACACACACCUCCAUCGCCCCGUGCUUCUGCACCUUCGCCGGUACCGGGAGAUCCCCCCCACCCUGACCCUCCUGAAAAAAAAAAAAAAGGCAAAACAACAAAAGAGAGAGAGGGAAAAAGAGAGAGAGAGAGAGAGAGAGAGAGGGGAGGACAAAAAAAUAAAAAGACUGCUGCAAAGCUGAUCUGAAAAGCAAAGCAAACAAACUUUGAAAAUAAAGGGGGAACAGGAAGUUUGGCAACGGUGUCCAAUAGAUAUGGCAAUGGUAGUCGGUGCGUGGCGAGACCCCCAGGACGAUGUGCCCGGAGCUCAGGGAACGCAGCCUUCGCAAGCCCCGCCGGUGCAGGGACCCCCGGCCGGGGCCCCGCACACCCCACAGACCCCGGGGCCCGGGGGCCCUCCCAGUACGCCAGCCCAGACCAACCCGCCGAGCCAGCAGAACCAAGGAGACAAGCAGCAGCAGCAGCAGCACAUUGAAUGUGUGGUUUGUGGGGACAAGUCUAGUGGCAAACAUUAUGGCCAGUUUACCUGCGAGGGUUGCAAGAGUUUCUUCAAGCGGAGUGUAAGGAGGAAUCUCAGCUACACUUGUCGUGCCAACAGGAACUGUCCCAUUGACCAGCACCACCGCAAUCAGUGUCAGUACUGCCGCCUCAAAAAAUGCCUCAAAGUUGGCAUGAGACGGGAAGCGGUCCAGAGGGGCAGAAUGCCACCCACACAGCCAACUCAUGGUCAGUUCGCCUUGACAAAUGGGGACCCUCUCAACUGCCAUUCCUACCUAUCCGGAUAUAUCUCCCUUCUUCUGAGAGCAGAGCCCUACCCCACCUCCCGCUUUGGCAGUCAGUGCAUGCAACCCAACAACAUCAUGGGCAUCGAGAACAUUUGUGAACUGGCAGCUAGGAUGCUCUUCAGCGCGGUGGAGUGGGCCAGGAAUAUCCCCUUCUUCCCAGACCUGCAGAUCACAGACCAGGUGGCUCUCCUGAGGCUGACCUGGAGCGAGUUAUUUGUCCUCAACGCUGCCCAGUGCUCCAUGCCCCUCCACGUAGCUCCGCUCCUGGCAGCUGCUGGCCUCCACGCUUCGCCAAUGUCUGCUGACCGAGUGGUCGCCUUUAUGGACCACAUACGAAUCUUCCAAGAGCAAGUAGAAAAACUGAAAGCAUUGCAUGUCGACUCUGCAGAAUAUAGCUGUUUAAAGGCCAUAGUCCUCUUCACCUCAGAUGCCUGUGGUCUCUCUGAUGUAGCCCAUGUUGAAAGUUUACAGGAGAAGUCACAGUGUGCUUUGGAAGAGUAUGUUAGGAGCCAGUAUCCCAACCAGCCAACACGAUUCGGGAAGCUAUUACUACGUCUCCCCUCCCUUCGCACUGUCUCCUCUUCUGUCAUAGAGCAAUUGUUUUUCGUCCGUUUGGUAGGUAAAACCCCCAUAGAAACCCUAAUCAGGGAUAUGUUACUGUCUGGCAGCAGUUUUAACUGGCCUUACAUGUCCAUUCAAUAAAACAUCCAAGAGAAGAGAGAGAGAGAGAGAGAGAAAAUAAAAAAAAAAAAAAAAAACCAACAACAACACCGAGACAAAAAUUAAAAAAAAUAAACAAAAAUUCAAAAUUGAGAAGGGAGAUGAGAGUGAAAGGAAAGCAAAUGACGUUUGGGUUCUGGUUGUUUCUUAAAUUUCCUUCUGCUAAGAAAGGAUGUAAAAGGAUGUUACAAGUUUGCUAAGAGAAGACAGGAAAAAAUUAAUGGACUGUGAAUUAAAAAAAGAGACUGUCAAAUGAACUUUUACAGAAUGCAUUAAAAACUCCCGUGUCGUUCAGAAAAAAACUUGCUACUUAUCAUUUUUUUUGUAAAAAAUUAAAAAGAGGGAAAGAAAAAAAGAAAGAAGAAGAAAAGAAACGAUGGUGGGCUUUUUCUUUUUUUCCUUUUUCUUCUUUUUUUUUCUUUUUUUUUGGGGUAAACUUUUUAAAAAAUCUCGCUUAAAGUGCAUUUAAAGGAAAUUUGGAGAAAAUUAGCAGAACGGAAGAAAGUAAGUCUUUUUUUUCCAAAUUAUUAAUUGUCCUAUGUGUCUAUGUACCUAUAGCUGUUCUUUUUUGUAUUUUUCUGGUUUCAAACCAGUUUAUUCUGUGGUUCUAUAAUAAUUUUUGAUAUAACCUUGGCUUCUUUAAAAAAAAAAAAAAUAAACUGUGUAUCCUUAAAAUAUAUGUUCUGAAAGAAUUAAAACUGAGUCCACGAAAGUAUCAUAGGAAGAAAGGAAAAGAAAAAAAAAAACCCUCAACAACACAAUGAUGGAAGCGCACUUAAGGUGGUGACCCAAAAUCUAGCUUGAAGCUGAGAGAGCUAUAAUUAUAUAGACCCGAAUGAACCACACGUGUCAUAUAACUCCCCCCAAAUCUAGGUUUUUUUUGAUAUUUCGGACAGAAAAUGAACUGUGGGGAUUUAUUAUAGGUAGAAGGAUUUUGUGUCCAAGACACACUACGGUUUUGAUUUAAAAGGAAAAAAAAAAAAAAACAAGCAAACAAGCAAAGUGAACUUUUGUAAUUUGAAUUGGGUUCCACAUAGUUCAUCAUGAAUUGUUAUUAAACUCCUCUAUCUGUUUGUAUAUUUGCAAGCCCUUUGUAUUAUAAUAAUUGUUGAUAUUUUCCCUUUUUAAAAAAUACCAUUGAAAUCAGCAUGACAAAAUAACACUGUUGGCACUUAUAGAUAACGUGAUUGAUUCAGUAUCUUAGAGUUUACAGUUUUGUGUUUAAAAAAACUGAAGGUUUUUUUUUUUUUUUAAGUGCAACAUUUCUGUAUACUGUAAAAGUUAUAAUAACUGAACUGUUUGGUCGAGUCUUUGUGUGUUAUAUUCCAAGGAAAAUUGAAAGUAUUCAGAAAUUAAAAUAUUAUUUGAUAUCUGAAACUUGUUUGGCUGUCAUAAAUGUCUUUCAGAAACCACAUUACUUCUCUAUAGUUUGCAGUCAUUUAAGUCCAUAGGCGAUUGAUUUGUUUACUUGUCACAGUAAGUUUGUAGCAGAUGUAUUGUAGUGUAUUUACCUGUUUAAUUCCGGGAUGGGGGUGGAGGACUUAAGUUCGUGGUUUAUCUCUGGUUUUAGGAAGUACUAUGCUGAAAUGGUAAACCAUCAACCCCCAUUCAUCUAAUCCUCCUGUUAAUUAAAAAUGGAUUUUCUGGAAAAAAAAAAAAAAAGGCCCUUAUUUUUGUCACACUUAAGUGCCUGCGUAGGAAAGGUAUUGUUGUGAAAAAGUAUUAGAAAUCUGGAGAUCAGUAUCUAUUUUAUGAUCAGAAUGGGGCGAAAAAUCUUUUGUAAAUGUCUGACAUACGCGCACAAGAUCAUUCAAGCAAGGUAAUAGCAGUAUUGUAAAUAUAGGUCAGUUGUUUGCAAUGAGUUUUCUUUAAGUAUGUGUGAUUUUUUAUAAUACUCCGUAGUUGCCAUCUAUCGUUGUCAUUGAGAGGUCUUCAAAUGGAGUGGCUUUAGCUUCUAGCACUGAGGAGUCGGUUUUUAAUGUAUAUAUACUCUCAAGUGGAUUUCUUUUUUUUAUUAUUAUUAUUAUUUUUUUAUUUUUUAUUUUUUAACCUUAGACUGUGAAAGCAUGACCACAGGUCAUCUCUCUCUUUUCCAUAUGGGCUAUAUGUCUGUGUGUAUGCUGGCACACAGGCGGGCGUGGGCAUCCCUGGAUGUGCCCUGUGUGUGUGUGGAGGCACAGGGCCCUCUCCUGCAGCUGCCAGGGACCUGCCUGGGCGGGGGGCACAGCCCCGGACACACCGCUGGGCAAUUGACUGCUGUCCCGAGCAGGCAAAAAAACCCAAACCCACCAAAUAACCCAACCCAAACCUGAAGGAAGGCAAGAUGAUGUGGGUUUUUGCAAGGGGUUGAUAUUUUAUUUCGUGUGUGUGCGUGUCAUUUAUUUUUUUUUUCUCUUUUCUUUCUCUCUCCCCCCGCCCGCCCUCCCCUUGGUCUAUAGCAGAUGCUUUGUAUGUGAAAGCUUGCAAUUUUGUUCUUGUCUGAGGCUUCCCCCUCUCCCUUUUUACCACACGUAACUACACCAUGUUGUGGUUUCACAAAAAGAGAGAGAGGGAGGGAGAGAGAUCAUUCUGUAAAGUCGAUUAAACCCUGAUCUUUAGUGUGUUCCAGUUAGACACAUCUGUACUGGGGGCUGAGGGGCGUAUGACUGUGAAUUUGAGCAGAGUUUUACAUCUGAAUCAUGGCUCCUUUUCUAUAAAUAUAUAAAUAUAUAUAAAUAUAUAAAUAUACUAUUAUUGCAGGGGAAUUGCUGACCUCUAGAUUUAGCUUUUUCUAUUGCAAGUGCUAUCCAUGUGAGUGUGUGUGUGUGAAGUUUUUAUGCUUACUAAGAACACAGGAUCUUGACUUGUUUGUUUUGUGUUAGUUUAUUGUAAACAACCAUUUGUUGUAAAUUGUUAUUGGCAUUAAAUUAUAAUUUAUGAUUUUCAAAUCCAAAA